CACGCGCGUGUUAUUAUUUUGAACGUGGGUGAAGAUGGCGGAGGAGAGUAGCAGGUUAAAGCACCGGAAUCACACCGGACAGAACUGCACCAACACCGAAUACACGGAAGGUGUGUCUGGUGUGGAGGAUGUCCUGCGUAAAAUGACUUCAGAUGAGGAGCCGUUGCUGGAGGAGGUGGAAGUGUCCAGACCAGUCCAGAUCGUCAUUGCAGACGAGGACAAUCACGAGUUUAAUCUGGAUGAAGAUGCUCUGGAGCGAAUCCUCCUGCAGGAUCAUGUGAGAGAUCUCAGUGUGGUGGUGGUGUCUGUUGCUGGAGCUUUCCGCAAGGGCAAAUCAUUUCUGCUGGACUUCAUGCUCAGAUACAUGUACAACCAGAGCUCAGAUUUGUGGCUGGGUGGUGAUGAUGAGCCAUUGACUGGUUUCACCUGGCGUGGCGGCUGUGAGCGUGAGACGACAGGCAUUCACGCCUGGAGCGACGUGUUUGUGGUGGAGAAACCUGAUGGCAGCAAGGUGGCAGUGCUGCUACUGGACACGCAGGGAGCGUUUGACAGUCAGUCCACCAUCAAAGACUGUGCCACACUGUUUGCCCUCAGCACCAUGACCAGCUCUGUACAGGUUUAUAAUUUGUCCCAAAAUGUUCAGGAAGAUGAUCUGCAACAUCUUCAGCUCUUCACAGAGUACGGCAGACUUGCCAUGGAGGACAUCUAUCUGAAACCAUUCCAGUCGCUGAUGUUUCUCAUACGAGACUGGAGUUACCCGUAUGAACACACUUAUGGUCUGGACGGAGGGAACAAAUUUCUGGAGAAGAGACUGCAGGUGAAACAGAAUCAACAUGAAGAACUUCAGAACGUGAGGAAACAUAUUCACUCGUGUUUCUCCAACAUCAGCUGCUUCCUGCUGCCUCACCCUGGCCUGAAAGUGGCCACUAACCCUUACUUUGAUGGCAGGUUAAUAGAUAUUGAUGACGAGUUCAAGCGAGAGCUGGUGAAUCUGGUUCCGCUGCUGUUGUCUCCAGAGAACCUGGUGGUGAAAGAGAUCGGAGGAUCUAAAGUCACGUGUCGAGAUCUUGUACAAUAUUUCAAAGCGUACAUGAAGAUCUAUCAGGGGGAAGAACUGCCUCAUCCCAAAUCCAUGUUACAGGCGACAGCUGAAGCGAAUAACCUCGCAGCUGUCGCAGGAGCUAAAGAGACUUACAGCAGAAGCAUGGAGCAGGUGUGUGGAGGUGAUAAACCGUACAUGGCACCGGCCAAUCUGGAGUGCAGUCACAACGAGUUCAAGCAGAAUUGCAUUCGUCAGUUCCGUGCGGUGAAGAAGAUGGGUGGCGAGGAGUUCUGCCGGCGCUAUCAGGAGCAACUUGAGCACGAGAUCGACGAGGUGUACGCAAACUUCAUCAAACACAAUGACGGAAAGAACAUUUUCUACGCCGCACGCACGCCCGCCACGCUCUUUGCUGUGAUGUUUGUCAUGUACGUGGUCUCUCUGGUGACGGGAUUUGUGGGCAUAAACUCUGUGGCGGCGAUGUGUAAUAUGAUCAUGGGUGUGGCGCUGGUGUCGCUGUGCACCUGGGCAUAUGUCAAAUACUCUGGAGAGUUCAGAGAGGUGGGCAGCUUCAUCGAUCAGGUGGCAGAAACGCUGUGGGAACAGAGGACGCCCAGGAAGGUCUUUUCCAAACUGUUUGAAGUUGCCCGAAGUAAAGUGACACUGGGCACCCUGAAGCCCGCCCGGCGGCAGAGACUGUCCUCAAACAACAAUGUGAAGAAAAGAAACUAGCCCAUAAUGCUCUGCUUUUUAGGACUGUCGCCUCUCUCCGCAGUGUGUUUGUAAAUGCAGGUCAGCACGUUCACACAGAAUCAUUCUGAGGGGUUCACAAGGUCUUCAUCUCUCUUUCCUUCCUGCAUUCCACGCUCUUCCUCUUCAUCUGUCAUUUGUGUGUUCAGAUGUUGAAGCCGUUCGGUGAUUAGUACACGGACGAGAACAUCCUCGACUCCAUCAGAGCGCGUCACGUAAAAUGAUGUAACGCUCCUCUCAGGACGCUCAUGUGUCAAACUGCGACUCUGACCCCUGAAUUUUGAUUUUUCGAUAUAAAAGCGAGUCUCGUGACAUUGAACAGUAUUACUGAUGUACCAAUGAUUCCUCUAGUCUCUCUGCUUUAAUCGUUCCAUCCGAACACCAGAGCUGACGGAUGCUCUCUUACUGUACAGUGUCGAUUUUUUUAAACUCACAAAUACGGCAUGAGAUAUUAAUGUAUACGAGACAUUUUCUAUACCUUUCUUUUGUUGAUGUAGCAGGAAGAACAAAUUCCACCUUUUCUGACAAGCAUCGGAAUGUUUAUUAUUGUUUAAUUUCAUUUAUAUUUCAUUUAAUUUAUUUUUCAAUUUGAUUAAAAUGAUUCACUGUAUAUUAACUCAUGUUGCUGGGUUUGUCUCUGCGUUGUGUUUGAAGCUAUAGAAACACUUUACAUUAAGGUUGUAUUUAUAUUAGUCAAUGCAGUAUCAUGAACUAAUAAUAAACUAUUUUUACAGAGUUUAUUAAUCUUUAAUUAAACACUAUUCUCUGCAAAAAAAUAAUUUUCUUCCCCUACAGAAAUCUGAUGCAUGACAAUUUAUGUAAAACACAUACAGUAUAUUAUGUACAUGCAGUAUAUGUCAGCAUAUAUGCCCAGAGUGCAUUUCUGCAAAGAGUGGCUACUCUGAAGAUGCUAAAAUACAGUAUAACAUAGUUUGGAUUUAUUUUGGAACAUAAUUCCCAUAGUUUCAUUUCUGUUAUUCCAUAGUUGUGAUGACUUUACUAUUAUUCUAAAAUGAGAAAAGAAUGAGUAAGUGACCCUAAACUUUUGACCGGUAGUGUGUGUGUGUGUGUGUGUGUGUGUGUGUGUGUGUGUGUGUGUGUGUAUAUAUAUACACACAAUAUUUUAUUAGUGGGAUUUGAAUAUGUACAUAUAUAUAUGAACUAUAUAAUGUAUACAGAGUACUUUUGUCUUGUUUUAAGAUUUAGACUUUUUUGUGUUUUUUUUACUGGAAAACAAGACACUUUUAUUUGAGAAGCAAAAUAAAAAGAUAUUUUGUCUUGUUUUUGGAGAAAUCCAACAACUGAGUAACAUUUAUGCUUCUUUUUUUGCCAAUAUGGUAAGAAAAAAACCUUGAUUCAAAAUGAAAACAAAUAUACUUUUCUUAGUAUUUUUUAGUAAUUUUUUUACGUCCCUUUUUCAGGAUACUGUAUUUUAAAGAUAAUUUUGUAAAAAUCCAAAUAACUUUACAGAUCUUUAUUGUAAAGGGUUUAAACAAUGUUUUCCAUGCUUGUUCAAUGAACCAUAAACAAUUAAUGAACAUACACCUGUGGAACAGUCUUUAAGACACUAACAGCUUACAGACGGUAGGCAAUUAAGGCCACAGUUAUAAAAACUUAGGACACUAAAGAGACCUUUCUACUGACUCUGAAAAACACCAAAAGAAGGAUGCCCAGGGUCCCUGCUCAUCUGUGUGAACGUGCCUUAGGCAUGCUGCAUGGAGGCAUGAGGACUGCAGAUGUGGCCAGGGCAAUAAAUUGCAAUGUCCGUACUGUGAGACGCCUAAGACAGCGCUACAGGGAGACAGGAAGGACAGCUGAUCGUCCUCGCAGUGGAAAACCACGUGUAACAACACCUGCACAGGAUCGGUACAUCCGAAUAUCACAACUGCGGGACAGGUACAGGAUGGCAACAACAACUGCCCGAGUUACACCAGGAACACACAAUCCCUCCAUCAGUGCUCAGACUGUCCGCAAUAGGCUGAGAGAGGCUGGACUGAGGGCUUGUAGGCCUGUUGUUAGGCAGGUCCUUACCAGACAUCACCAGCAACAAUGUCGCCUAUGGGUACAAACUCACCUUCGCUGGACCAGACAGGACUGGCAAAAAGUGCUCUUCACUGAUGAGUCGCGGUUUUGUCUCACCAGGGGUGAUGGUCGGACUCGCGUUUAUCAUCGAAGGAAUGAGCGUAACACCGAGGCUUGUACUCUGGAGUGGGAUCGAUUUGGAGGUGGAAGGUCCAUCGUGGUCUGGGGCGAUGUGUCUCAGCAUCAUCGGACUGAGCUUGUUGUCAUUGUGGACAAUCUCAACGCUGUGCAUUUCUCCCUCAUGUGGUACCCUUCCUGCAGGCUCAUCCUGACAUGACCCUCCAGCAUGACA